AUGAACGCGGUGGCCGUGAUGCUGGGGAUUUUAUACCUGAGACAGGAUCUCACGGCCGAGGGGGUCAUGAACAUCAACGGCGCGCUCUUCCUCUUCCUCCUUAUUUCCUCCUACCAGAAUUCCUUGGCUGUGAUCUACGUGAGUUUGGGGUGUUUUCAAGGCAUUUCCCCUCCCCCCACCCCUUUUCCCGCUCCUUUAACGAGGUGUCCAUAUUUGCAGGUGUUCUGCGAAGACCAGCCCAUCUUCCUACGGGAACAACGGAGCGGACUGUACCGAGCAGACGCCUAUUACCUCGGGAAGACGUUGGCGGAGCUGCCGUUCUACGUCAUCUUCCCCGCCGCGUUCACGGCGAUCGCGUAUCCCAUGAUCGGGCUCGACCCGGGGCGGUUCCUCGUCUGCGUGCUCGUCAUGGUCGCCAUCGCGAAUGUGUCCUGCUCCUUCGGUACCGAGAGGAAGUGCUUUCGGAUGAGGACUUGCCGUUUCGAGUGUAGUUACAUGGCGUCGUGCAUCGCGUCAACCGUGGAAAUGGUUUUGGCCUUCGUUCCGACCAUCAUGAUGCCGAUCAUGAUGCUCAGCGGCUUUUUCCUCAACAAUGACACGAUCCCCUGGUACUUAAUAUGGGUGAAGUACAUCUCGUGGUUCUACUACGGGAACGAGGCCCUCGUGAUCAACCAAUGGAAAGGCGUGGAGAAGAUCGAGUGCGGGGAUUCCUUCGCGUGUCCUGAAAACGGAGACUCCCGGUCGGAUUCGAGGAAACGUCUCUCCAUCGCCUCUGAGGUACUGACGGACCCACCGUUGCUCUUCUGCGACGAGCCGACCUCAGGCCUGGAUUCAUUCAUGGCCCAGCAAGUUGUGGCCUUGAUGAAGUCCCUGGCCGAGAAGGGGAAGACUGUCAUCUCGACCAUCCAUCAGCCCUCAUCCGAAGUCUAUAGCUUGUUCGAUCGGAUUCUUUUAAUGGCCGAAGGGAGAACUGCGUUCAUGGGAAAAGUUGAUUUCGUCAUUUCUUUCUUUCAAGGAGUGGGUUACGAAUGUCCGCCAAACUAUAACCCGGGGGACUUCUUCAUCAAAACACUCGCCGUCGUCCCGGGAGAGGAGGAGGAAUGUCGACGACGGGUGGUCCGGAUCUGCGACGCGUUCAGAGACUCGGAAGAAGGGAGGGCGAUGGAGAAGGAAGUGGAGCUGCAGCGGGUCGAUGGGGCCUGGAAUGACCCGGGAGAGUUCAAGAGGAAUGUGAAGUCCAAGGGAUCCUGGUUCGCCCAGUUUCGCACCAUCCUCGCUCGUUCCUGGACUGCCAACCUUCGUGAGCCCUUGCUCAUCAAACUUCGGAUCUUACAGACAGUGGCGGUGGCCGUGAUGCUGGGGAUUUUAUACCUGAGACAGGAUCUCACGGCCGAGGGGGUCAUGAACAUCAACGGCGCGCUCUUCCUCUUCCUCCUUAUUUCCUCCUACCAGAAUUCCUUGGCUGUGAUCUACGUGUUCUGCGAAGACCAGCCCAUCUUCCUACGGGAACAACGGAGCGGACUGUACCGAGCAGACGCCUAUUACCUCGGGAAGACGUUGGCGGAGCUGCCGUUCUUCGUCGUCUUCCCGGCCGCGUUCACGGCGAUCGCGUAUCCUAUGAUCGGGCUCGACCCGGGGCGGUUCCUCGUCUGCGUGCUCGUCAUGGUCGCCAUCGCGAAUGUGUCCUGCUCCUUCGGUUACAUGGCGUCGUGCAUCGCCUCAACCGUGGAAAUGGUUUUGGCCUUGGCUCCGACCAUCAUGAUGCCGAUCAUGUUGCUCAGCGGCUUUUUCCUCAACAAUGACACGAUCCCCUCGUACUUAAUAUGGGUGAAGUACAUCUCGUGGUUCUACUACGGGAACGAGGCCCUCGUGAUCAACCAAUGGAAAGGCGUGGAGAAGAUCGAGUGCGGGGAUUCCUUCGCGUGUCCUGAAAACGGAGACGAAGUCAUUGCCUCCCUCAACUUCGACAAGGAUAAUGAAGUGCGGGACUGGCUGAUGCUGUUGGUCCUGAUGAUGGCGUUUCGGAUCAUCGGCGUUCUGGCGCUCCACUUCAGGGCCGCUCGACAGAAGUGA